UAUAUAAUACCAUUAUAUAUAAUAAAGAGGAAAGAAUGGGUCACCAGAGAAAGCAACGCUUUUCUCUUCCCUAAAACCCUCAAGAGAAGCUUCCCAAAUAGCUUCAUCAAUCCAUCUCCUCCGAACUCGGCUUCGAUGGUAACUCAGGCAGUGUCUGAGGCUAUUGCUUUAACCGAGAAGAAGAUGGACAUGAGUUUAGAUGACAUUAUUAAAAUGUCGAAGAAAACUACUUCCAAAGCAAAAAUACCUCCUAGAGCUUCUAACAAAAGCCAAGGGUUCCUGAAUGGCCGUGGUCCCCAGGGUAAUUUUAACCUCCAUCGCUUCAUGGACUCUAGAUCAUCUAUUAGACAGGGUGUGCUUGCCAAAAGGAGGACUCACUUCCAAGGAAAUCAGUUUCCCAUCACUACUAAUGUUGCAAACAGGGCAGCUGCUUAUUCCACCAGCAACUGGAUGGUUAAUUGGAACAAGCCAAGCGCAGCAGGCACUUCAUUUAGGAGAAAUGAUGGUGAAAAAAGCUUUGCUGGAAAGGUAGUCCAUUGUAUUCCAUUUGUUAAACAUGAUAAGAUGCUGGUGCCUAAGCAGAAGCCUCAGACUUUAGAUGCCCGAUUCGCCAGCAUCAAGGAACAGAGAAUCAGGGCAAUGACCCAUCAGCAGCAGAUGGUGCGUGGCAGCAUUCUUCAGACUGUGGCUGCACAAAGACGCCGCACCCACCAGCAACAGCAUGGUCGCGUGACAACCCAAUAUGGUAGAGCCAGCCGGCCGUUUGGCAAGUUCGCACGAUGAAUGUCUGAUUCGCUCAUGGUAUGGUGCUCAUAAUGUUUUGCUUUUGAUAAAUGUCCAUCAUUUCUAUGUUCUUGUAGAAAUUCCGUAAUUUGGAAUUGCUAAUGUUUCAGUCUUUGUUUGCCAAAUGCGAAAAUUCCCGAAUUAUUUAGGGUUCUCUUUUGUUGCCGUUAUUGCAUAAUGUAUAUUUGUGCACUAGCUUGUUUCCAAGUCUUCAAGUAUGAGUGUUGCUCCCUCUUUCAAAGAUUUCA